AUGUCAAAUAGCAGUAGUAAUAACAAUAAUAGUAAUGCCUCUGAUACUGCUCCAUACUGGUAUUCCACCAACGGCAUGGUCCACAAGCGGCUGUCCAACCGUCACACGGCUCUCCUGGAUCAAGCCUUUGAUCGUCGAAUACGGGUUAAAAUCUACGAUAUCGAUGCGUUUGGUCCCAGCGCCGUUGCUGUGGCGAAUCCAGUGGCGGGGACCAUGACUGCAGGUGAUAUCCAUUACGGUCUUUAUCGCCAUCCAUCACUUGUUUUAAACAAUUCCAGCGCGGCUAUCGACAGCUUGAUUUUCAUGGACAGUGAUAAUCUGUUACUGCCACAAGAAACGACAACCACAACACACGAAAGUUUUCGCGACGUUGGUUCUACAGCUACAUUUGACAUCUUUUCGCCAGCAGAAUACCACCGAUUCUCACACCAUCACCAUCAUCAACAAACAACUGGUAGACGGCGUUCCAUGGUUGUUGAAAACCAAUGUGUAUGCUCCUGUACAAUCAUGUAA